AUGGAGCUGGGAGGGGCCUUCACCAUGUUUCUAGCACUCUGUUUGUCUUGUCUGCUCAUCCUCAUCGCCUGGAAACGGAUGAGCAAAGGGGGAAAGCUGCCGCCUGGUCCCACACCGAUACCUUUCCUGGGGAACGUGUUGCAAGUUCGUACUGAUGCUACUUUUCAAUCUUUCAUGAAGCUCAAGGAGAAAUACGGUCCAGUCUUCACUGUGUACAUGGGGCCCCGGCCAGUGGUUGUUUUAUGUGGACAUGAAGCAGUGAAGGAGGCCCUAGUAGACCGAGCAGAUGAGUUCAGUGGCCGCGGAGAACUGGCUUCAAUAGAGCGAAACUUCCAAGGUCAUGGUGUAGCUCUGGCUAACGGAGAACGAUGGAGGAUUCUCCGACGCUUCUCCCUGACCAUUCUUCGGGACUUCGGGAUGGGAAAGAGGAGCAUUGAGGAGCGGAUCCAGGAGGAGGCCGGCUUCCUACUAGUGGAAUUACGCAAGACCAAAGGAGCUCGCAUCGAACCUACUUUCUUCCUGAGCCGCACUGUCUCCAACGUCAUCAGUUCCGUCGUCUUUGGAAGCCGCUUUGACUAUGAGGACAAGCAGUUCCUGAAGUUGCUGCAAAUGAUCAACCAGAGUUUCAUAGAAAUGAGCACAUCCUGGGCCCAGUUAUAUGACAUGUAUUCUGGAAUCAUGCAAUAUUUGCCAGGAAGACACAAUCGCAUCUACUACUUGAUAGAGGAGCUCAAGGACUUCAUUGCCUCCAGGGUCAAGAUCAACGAAGCAUCACUUGACCCCCAGAACCCUCGGGACUUCAUUGAUUGCUUCCUCAUCAAGAUGCACCAGGAUAAAAACAACCCCCACACAGAAUUCAACCUCAAGAAUUUGGUCCUGACAACCCUCAACCUCUUUUUUGCUGGCACUGAGACAGUGAGCUCUACACUCCGCUAUGGAUUGCUGCUCAUGAUGAAGCAUCCUGAGGUGGAAGCCAAGAUCCACGAAGAGAUUGACCAGGUGAUUGGACCACACCGGAUCCCAAGUGUCGAUGACCGGGCCAAGAUGCCCUACACAGAUGCUGUGAUCCAUGAGAUCCAGAGACUCACAGAUAUCGUGCCCAUGGGCGUCCCCCAUAAUGUCAUCCGGGACACUCAUUUCCGAGGCUACCUUCUGCCCAAGGGCACCGAUGUCUUUCCUCUUCUUGGCUCCGUCCUCAAAGACCCCAAGUACUUCCGCUACCCAGAUGCCUUCUAUCCACAACACUUCCUGGACGAGCAGGGCCACUUCAAGAAGAAUGAAGCCUUUGUGCCUUUUUCCUCUGGAAAGCGCAUCUGCCUGGGCGAGGCCAUGGCCCGCAUGGAACUCUUCCUCUACUUCACCUCGAUCCUUCAGAACUUCUCCCUACGUUCUCUGGUGCCACCUGCUGACAUCGACAUCACGCCCAAGGUCUCAGGCUUUGGCAACAUCCCUCCGACCUACGAGCUCUGCUUCCUGGUCCGCUGA